AUGCCCGUCCCACUCUUCACAGAACAAACCACCAACCAGCUCCAGGGCAAAGUGAACCCGAACACAACCCAGUUCUCCCAGCAAGCCGGCGCCCCAGGCACAACCUCCAGCAGCAGCGGCAACACCAGCCACGCGACGACAACCAGCUUCGCAGGCAGCAGCUUCCCCUCUGCGACGAAUGCGCAGGGCCAGCGGUUGAGCAAGGAGGAGGCUGAUCGGCUUUACGAGGAGCGCAUGGAGGAGGAGCGCUAG